CUCUCCCUCUACGCCAUUACGAAUUCACGGUCCACACAACUCUUAACUCAACUAUAUCGGUCCCUGAACCUGUCUCUCCAAGUCGCUGACGCAAUCGAUUCUUUGCGGCCGCUUGACGGGUAGCAAACUUUGUCGAACCACACGCCCUCGAACUCAACCUUGGCCCGUGCCAAGUUGAAUUGGACGAGUAUAUAGCAACGAAAUAAUAACAACAAUACCUAUUGUUGACAACACAAUGCCGCCAACAGCCCAUUCCCCCAAGCGGUCCCCUCAGGGUGCCGCUAAGGCUGGUUAUCACCGCAGUUCGAGCCCCCGGGCUCACCACGAACCCAACCUCGCGGGGCGUUCUCCGAGAAUGUCCAACAAAGCUGUUUCCCUUAGCUCCCUGACUGCCGAUCGGAAACGACGAGCUUCUUCGUCCGUGUCGAGUGUAUCGUCCGUCUCAUCCAUCGAAGAACUCAGCGAUGAUGCGAAUGAUUCUGAAGAUGAUGACGCGGAUGAUGAGGAAGAACAGCCAGCUGUCCGUGGCCCGUCUUAUGGUCGCCGUGAUAGGGCCCAUAAGACGGGUGGGAAAUCCCAGAAGAGAACAAAGAAGAUGAAAUUCUCGGACGACGAUGGCUAUGACGGUCAACGGAGUAGCGAUGACAACGAGUCUUACGAGAGUUCAGAUGAUGUCUACGCCGCGGUGGACUACAUCAGCGACGGCUCGGACGAUGAGGAACAAGAUGUCGAGAAGCUGGAAGAGCUGUUGAUUGUAGAGUCUGAGAAUGAGAACCCCGUUGGCGGUAUCUUGGCAGCUCCCGGCACUGACAAUUGGGCCGGUCCCAAUGUUUUCGACGAUCAUAUGAUCCUGUCGGCUGCCUCAUUCUUUGACGAAGAACAACUUUACAAUGCCAUGGAGGCUUUCGGCGAGACCGACAUGGCUAGCGAGACUGCUAUAGAGACGCCGGUGCCGCGCCGGGUGCACUUUGAAGAAGACUCGGAUUCCUCGUCCGACAGCGAUUCACACACCGAAGACGAGAUCCCCAGUGAUUUUCUCCAGCAAGAUAGUCUCGAUCCCCAGUUGCGUCGCAUGAUCGACAACGAUAAUAAUGAGAAGUAUUCCCGCCGCCGGCGCCAGUCUGACGAGAUGUAUGCCGAGUCAGACUACGGACAUUCCAACAUUUAUCACGUGGAAUCCGAUGCCGUCUCCGAUGGCUCGGAGUCAAGCGGCUAUGAAACCGAUGAUGGCGAGACUACAGAUGAAGAUCUCCCUCCUCCUGCCACCAUUACGCACCCUAGAUCUAUCCUACGUCGCGAUUCCUCUGCGUCGUUGGCACCCGCAGGGGAUGACAAAAGCGAAACCACUACUCGUCGACGAGGACCCAUUAUGGGCACUUUCGUUGCCGACCCUCACAAGCCUGUUGCGCUGGUUGACUGCACUGGCAAGCAUCUUGUGAUAAUCCCGGCGUAUGCUUCAUCCCGUCAUGACUGGCUUGAAUCUGCCACGAACAGCGUUUGCGGUACAGCUCAUAACAGCCCCCGCGCCACUACAAUGCACCUCAUUGACGAGAGCGACACGGAGGCCCUUGCGUCACCUAAUCACCCUGACAUGAGUCCCAUGUUGGCCUCCAGCGCCAACCUUAUGAUGACUGCACUGGGUAAUGAUAUUGCCCCAGGGGGUCAGGUCAUGGGCCCCCCCGAGGCAUUUUAUCCUUCCCGUGAAUUUGCUAUCGAUAGCUCUUUCGAAGAUGACGAUGAAGAUGAUCCGGAGUCUGCCUUAAAUGUCGAAGACUUCAUUGACUUCGGUGACGGCUCGUCGGAUGACGAAAUGGACAAGGCCUUUGAUGAGGAGUCGCUCAUGUCCCCGAUGGUUGCCCGGCCUCUACAAGCGGGCACGGGGACACCGACACCCAACCGCGGUGUAGACUCACAACAGGCCAGUAGUGCGGAACGAUUUUUAAACCAUCUGGAUCGUGGUAUUGUCACGGCAUUCCGUCGGAAUCACAAUCGCUACCAAGCCCUCUUGCGCCUCCCACAGCAUCGGGAGUUCAUGCCGGCCAACUCGCCCUCUCGUCCUGCUAGCGUCUUCCGCCAUGCACGCCAUGCGGACCAACGCACCCCCACACGCAAGCGCAAGGCUAGUGGGUACAACGGCGGGGAGGCGGUCCGCCGAAAGCUCAUGGACGCCCACCGUCGUAGUCAGCUUCCUUUCUAAAUGCCGUCCGACCCCGCGUGAUACCCCGAUAUCUCUGAUUUGAGACGAACUUAGCGUGCAUGGAUUUCCACUAGUUCCGAGGACAUAUUGAACAUUUGUCUUCUUUCUCUCCGGGGUCAGAAAGAGGGGGAUUCCGCAUGACCAAAAGUUCGAGUUUCAUGAUGACGUUCUACUUCUGGAGUUGAUCAAAGAAUAUACCUCGUGUCACGAAGA